UAAUUGAAUUAUUUUUCAUUCCGUUGCCGGCAACGCAAGCGUUCGGUUGUGUACUCGUAAUAUAUCAAAAAGUCAAACCGACAUCGUCUUGCAAUCUCUCGUCGGACCAACAGAGGCGUCGUCGUAACGCGUUGUUCGCAGUGCCCCCUCCCAAAAAGGGAUUUAUUAAUUCAAGUGUUCAAGUAAAAAAGAAACCACACGAGUCGUCGUCCAGUAGCAAUGACUGAGCACGAACCGCUAGACGAAUCAAGGGGGCAGCCAAAUGGUCGGAUAUUGAGCACCGCGGAACGUGCCAAUGGACACGCCUCGUUGGCCAACAAUGGUCAAUUGCACAGCGAAACAGUGGCCAAUGGCAAGGCAUUGUCGAAUGGAACACAGCAAUCUUCACAGCAUAUCGAAGCACCCUGCUGUCGAGAUAUCCACGGCAGGGAACCACCCGAUGGUGGGGCACGUGCCUGGCUGGUUAUGGUCAGUGCAUUCCUAUGCAACGGUGUCAUAUUUGGUCUAAUCAACACAUACGGAGUGUUGCACAAGCUCCUCACCGAACGACUGACAGCACAGGGAGACUUGGAAGCCAACAGCAAGGCGGCUCUUGUUGGCUCCUUGGCCAUUGGCACAACCUUCUUCCUGUCCCCCGUCGCUGGCUGUCUGACGGAUAAGAUUGGUCUCAGGUUGACCACAUUUACGGGUGGCAUGAUCGCAGCUGGUGGCCUGUUGUUGUCAUCCUUUUGUGCCGACAAUAUCAGCGCCUUGUAUUUUACUUAUGGCGUUAUGUUUGGACUGGGCGGGGCCUUGGCCUAUACGCCCACAUUGGCUAUAUUGGGGCAUUACUUCAAGCGCUACCUGGGCAAGGUGAGCGGAUUUGUAACUGCAGGAUCCAGCGUGUUCACUGUGAUACUGCCGCCGGGUCUGAAAUGGCUGCUGGGCAGCUAUGGCCUUGAGACAACAUUGAGAAUCAUGAGUCUGAUGUCAGCAUUUAUUAUAGUCUGUUCCUUUGUCUACAAGCCACUACACUUUCCCCAGGAGACACCUAAAAAGAAGACCGGUCGCUCUCGUUUCAAUGUCUUCCUAAGGUCCAUUGUAAAUGUCGAUAUCUGGAAAAAGAAACGUUAUGUCAUUUGGGCUUUGUGUGUGCCUUUAGCCCUAUUUGGUUACUUUGUGCCCUAUGUGCACAUGAUGAAGUUUGUGGAGAACGCGUUUAAGGGCGAGGAUGAGAAUAUACCCGUCAUGUGCAUCGGCAUUACGUCUGGCAUUGGACGUCUCAUAUUCGGCGUGAUUGCAGACAUGCCACGAGUGAAUCGCAUGUAUUUGCAACAAUUAUCAUUGGUGUGCAUUGGCUUGCUUACCUUGUUGUUGCCGUUGACCAACUCUUUUGAGGUGCUUGUCUCAUUCUCACUUAUAAUGGGCCUAUUUGAUGGAUGUUUCAUUUCGCUGCUUGGUCCAAUUGCCUAUGAGAUUUGCGGUCCAUCGGGCGCUACACAAGCCAUUGGUUUCCUGUUGGGUCUUUGCUCGCUGCCACUGACAAUUGGUCCACCUGUUGCCGGCAUGAUCUUCGAAAGAACUGGCUCGUACACUCUGCCCUUUAUAUUGGCCGGUAUUCCCCCAUUAAUUGGCUCAUCUCUGCUCUUCCUGAUGCGCUGCGUUAAGGACGAAUCCGGCAGUCCGAUUACAAACGGAAUUUCUUCCCGACAAAACGGAGAAAUUGAAAACUCAUCCAAUGGCACUUAUCGCAUGAAUGCUGUCAGAUAUAGCGAACCGCUAAUCGUGAAUGGUGCAAAUGGUUCCAAGUCCAAUGGACAUGCAGUCACAAAUGGCUCCGCAUUGGCUGUAAAGUCCAGUGCUCCUCUAAUGGGUACAGCCGCAAACGGAAGCGCAACUGUGACCAAUGGAUCGAGGUUUAAUGGAUUUGCCGACUCAACAACUGAUUGACUAACUCAUCAUUUUCGCAUCCGCAAACAUUCAUAAAUUAUAACAUUUUAAACAUGAAUAGUUUAAUUAAAUUAAACUGAUAUAGAUUUAAGUGCUUUGUAGACUUAAAGUUGAAUCUGAAAAGCUUUUGUAAAUAAAUAAAUUAAAUUUAUUACAUUGUAAGCCGCCGCACCUUGUGUUAAACACUGCUUAUAAACUGUAUAUAUGUACAUAUGUUGGAGAUCUGCAUGGAACUAAUAUUUGAAUACAAUGAAUAAAUAUCAACUAACCAUUUA